AUGAAGGGACCUGAGCUCAAACCCAACCUGAGGAACAAUCUGCUGACAGGGAAGGUCCUCGAGCCCGUGCCACCAGCAAUUAAGACGUACAAACUAGACAGCAACUACUUGAGUGAGGGGUUCUCCUCCCCUCCACCAUGCGGGCAGGGCUACAUCACUUACCACAGCAACUGUGCAGCCACGCCAGCACAGGGCCUUGCAUGUGCAGACAGCCCUCAGAAGACUGACCCUGUGUGCACUGCCUUCUGUGGCGUCAACGGCACCGCCUCCCCCCCUGUUCCCGCCUGCAACGGCCAUGGCGUGUGCUUCUUGGACGGCCCCAGCAACACGCCCACAUGCCUCUGUGUUGAUAACUACGUGGUUGGGGAGUUCCCCGGCAGCUGCGUGCCUGUGGCAGGUGGUAAGACAGAGCAGCAGCAGACCCCUACAGCAGCCACGCUCACAGCCACUGGGGACGCCUCAGUGAAUGCUGCAACAGCCACGCUCACACUCACGCCCGCCCAGCCGUCCAAGGCUGGCAGUGUGUUCCUAGCAGCGCGUGUGCCGCUCUUCUCCUACCAGCUCAUUGGGGACUCCUGCGGCCGCGAGCUCGCCUUCUCCUCCAACUUCUCCUUCACUCUCACCCGCCCUGCUGCCUCCGGCUCAGAAGGCGUUGCCUUCGUGGUGGCCUUUGAUGCCACCCCGCCCACAACACCGGUGGCGGGCGGCAUGGGGUAUGCGGGGAUGGGAGCGCGCAGCGUGGCAGUGGAGUUUGACACGUCGAUGGAUGCGGGCAACAGCGACCCUGACAGCAACCACGUGGGCAUCAACAUUGGCGGCAGUGUCAAGUCGGUGGUGACGGCCAAGCCCAGCACCCCUCUCAAUGACGGCACGCCCAAGCACGUGUGGAUCGACUACGACCCUUCCUCCACUGGCUCCCUGCGCAUCUUCCUCUCUUCCCAGGAGUCCCCUCGCCCCACCACCCCCAUCCUGUCAGCACGCAUCUCCCUGUGUGAGGAGCUCGCCCCAACCACAUCAGAGUACACCUUUGCCAUCGGCUUUACUGCUGCCUCCGCCGCCCAGGCCCAAAGCCAUGUCGUCUCCGCCUGGACCCUCUCCACCUACUUUCCCAUCCAGCCAGAUCCAGUUGCAGCGUGGGGAUUUACCUUUAGCGAAGCGGCACUCUCUCUAUCGAGGAUGAAUCUCUUCUUCCGCUAUGCCAGCUCGGGCAGCGUUGCCGCUGAAAAUGGUCGGGACGUGUAUGGUGUGCGCCCUGCAACUUCCUGGGCUAGGCCUGACUUCACAUGGCCUGUCAAGACACAGAGCGCUUGCG